UGCGCUUUCAUUGUGCGGUUGCUCGGCAUUUUUUGGGACGGCGAUCAUCGCGUAUACGUUAUAUUUUGUGGUGCUUUGAAUUGUAACGAAAUGGAAAUCAAAGUAUCACGUCUGCCGCGUUUUAAGUGAAUUCUUAUUGUUUGGCAUUGGCUUUCAAUUUGCAUUGAAUUGAGCCUUAAUCAACGGUCAUUUUCACGACUUCAAUUGGCAAAUAGAGAAAAAAACAAAAUAUUACAAACACUACAAUACUACACUAGCAAAGUAAUUAAAAUUAUGUCAGCAUAAAUGUAUGAACACAAUUGGUGAAUGUGUGUUUUGAUUAUCAACAUUAAAUAAAUGCCUCACAAAAUCAAUAAACAAAAUAACUAAAAACAAACUCAAAGCUAAUUGCAUUCUACUGCAAUAAUAAAGUGUUCGUGCGUUGUGUGUGGCCGAGUCAUUAUUUAAUUACUAUUAUUAUAACUAUUAUAUUUGGAUAAAAUUGAAAGCGUUGCUGUAAUUAAUUUCUUGUUUUGAGUAGCGACAGAAAAGUGUAAAAUCGUUUGGCGCUAAAUCCAUUAAAUAUUUAAAGGCGAAAGCUGUGUGGCAUUAAAAUGCAUUGCAUCUCAUAAAUAAAAGCUUGGUUCGGCGAAACGAAUUUUUGGCUUAGCCAGAAAUUCGCGCUGCUUUAACAAAUAGACGCUACUUUGUCUUAAGGGAGAAUCUAGCGUCAGUAAACAACAACAACAACAACAGCAACAAUAAAAACCAAAGCAACAACAAAUAACAGGGCAACACAAGAACAUUAUGGAAUCGGAUAUAUUAUUUAGCCAACACGACCAUGAGGAGCUUCUGCCCGGCGCUGAAGAGGAAGCUGAAUUUGAGCGUCUUUACGUUGCGCCCGCGGAAAUUGUGGCGCUGCUUUCCAUCUUCUACGGCGGCAUUAGCAUUCUGGCUGUCAUUGGCAACACGCUGGUGAUUUGGGUGGUUGCCACCACACGACAGAUGCGCACCGUAACCAAUAUGUAUAUUGCAAAUCUGGCAUUCGCGGAUGUCAUCAUUGGACUGUUUAGCAUACCGUUUCAGUUUCAGGCCGCGCUGCUGCAACGCUGGAAUUUGCCAUAUUUCAUGUGCGGCUUCUGUCCCUUUGUGCAGGCACUGAGCGUGAAUGUCUCCGUGUUUACGUUAACUGCAAUUGCCAUAGAUCGACAUCGAGCCAUAAUUAAUCCAUUGAGAGCACGUCCCACCAAGUUCGUAUCGAAGUUCAUAAUUGCUGGCAUUUGGCUUCUGGCGCUCCUCUUUGCCGCCCCCUUUCCCAUCGCCUUUCGGGUGAAGGAAAUAACCGACCGUUUUCGAGAGAACGAUGUGUACUUCAAUUUGACUCGACCUUUUUGCAUGAACAAAAACCUAACGGACGAGCAACUGAAGGUGUAUCGAUAUGCUCUGGUCUUUGUGCAGUAUCUGGUGCCAUUUUGUGUGAUUAGCUUCGUCUACAUACAAAUGGCUGUCAGAUUGUGGGGCACUCGAGCACCGGGCAAUGCGCAGGAUUCGCGCGACAUCACGCUGCUCAAGAAUAAGAAAAAGGUCAUUAAGAUGCUAAUUAUCGUUGUGGUCAUCUUUGGGCUGUGCUGGUUGCCGCUGCAGCUCUAUAAUAUUCUGCACGUGACGAUUCCCGAAAUCAAUGACUAUCAUUUUAUCAGCAUCGUUUGGUUCUGCUCCGAUUGGCUGGCGAUGAGCAACAGCUGCUAUAAUCCGUUCAUCUAUGGCAUCUACAACGAGAAGUUCAAGCGAGAAUUUAACAAACGAUUUGCGGCUUGCUUCUGCAAAUUCCAGACAAGUCUCGAGCAGCACGAACGAACCUUUUCGAUGCACACGCGCGCCAGCUCCAUUCGCUCCACCUAUGCGAACUCAUCGAUGCGCAUACGCAGCAAUUUCUUUGGCGGUCGCAGCAGCAGCAGCAACGGUGGAGGAGGAGGCAAAGCAGCAAUAGCUGGUGUGCAUAUGAAUCGUAAUGGUUACCAUGCCAAUGGCAAUGGACAUGGACAUGCUAAUAAUGACAAUAGCAAUGGCAAUGGGAAUGGAUUGGCCAACAGUGGCUACAAUAAUAAUGGACAACAUCAGACUGUAGUGACGUUCGCUGGCUCAACAAUGCCGCCAUGGCGACGCAAUAACUUCAAACCACUGCAUCCCGAUGUGGUUGAAUGCGAGGAUGAUAUGACACUGAUGGAAUUGCCCUCCACCAGCGAGGAGUUACCCUCAAGCAUUGCCGGAGCGGGAGUGCAACUAGCACUACUCAAAGCGGAAUCACGCGAGAGUUCCGGUUGCAUUUGUGAGCAGGAAUUCGGCAGUCGAACGGAAUGCGAUGGAACCUGCAUACUCAGCGAGGUGUCCCGGGUGCAGCAGCCGAUGUUGGCGCGGCAUGGAGCGAACUGUGCUUGCAAAUCGGAAGUGGAAACAUUGUGGCAGCCACUGUAAAGUUAAGUGAUGGGAGUUUUUUUGUGGGCUUUCAGUCUGUGAUUUCGUAAUAAUGAAUUGUGAUUACAAAUACAAUGAGGAAGUUGAAUGGAGGAUGCAAAUAUGGAUGCGUUUGCUAAAUGAUCGUUAUAAGCUGGAAACUUGCGAAUCCCUGUACAGUAUUAUGAACAAAAAAAAAAUAAAUAAAAAUAAAUGUAUUCAACUUUUGCAUGUCGAAUUAUAUUCUAGCUUUAAAACACACAAAAAUCAACUUUCUAAAACAUAAAUUCUAGUAUUACGAACUAAUGUGUAUCUAUUUAUGUAUGUAUGAUAAAGUGUCGAAAUCGAAUUAAAAAUUCCGCAGCAUUUGCUAAAUAA